AUAGAGAAAAAGAAAAAGAAAAAAAAAAAAAAAGGAAAAAUGGCACAUUACCAAAACCAAUACAGCGCACAAGCUGGAAGCGAUGAAUACGGCUAUCCAAUUCGCCAGACCGAUGAAUACAGCAACGUUAUCUCCGAAACCGGUCAGUAUGUCGAUACCCUCCGCCGGACCGAUGACCAGUACCCCAAGCCGAUUCAUGGAAGCGAGCAGCAGCAGCCGAGUGGAAUAUUUCAUAAUGAAAAAGUGGUGAUGACGAAGACGAGAGAGGAUGGGAGUGGACAUCAUGAGAAGAAGGGGGUAAUAGAGAAGAUUAAGGAGAAGCUGCCGGGAGGACACCAAUCCAACAAUCUUCACUUCCAAAACCAUGCAAUCAACAUUCUCAAAACUAAUCACUCUUUAAAUUGUAUUCAGUUCUUUUCGUUGUGUUUCGGUUUCCAAAGAAGUAUGGCGCAUUACCAAUCUGGAAGAACCGAUCAGUACGGCAACCCAAUUCGCCAGACUGAUGAAUAUGGCAACGUCAUCUCCGAGACCGGUCAGUACGGUGACCCCCUUCGUCGGACCGGUGAGUUCCGUGAAACUGACCAGUAUGGAAACCCUGGGCGUCGGACUGAUGAUGUGUUCGGUAACCCAGUUGGAACUGGGACGGGGAUGGGGACCGGUGGGACGUAUGAGACGACCGGGUACGGUGGGACAGGGUAUGGCGGAGGGCACCAUCAGCAGCAUAAGGAGCAUGGUGGCAUACUUCAUCGCUCUGGAAGCUCCAGUUCUAGCUCCUCGGAAGAUGAUGGGCAUGGAGGGAGGAGGAAGAAGGGGCUGAAGGAGAAGGUAAAGGAGAAGCUGCCAGGACAUCAUCGUCAUGAAGAGCAAGCAGUGUCAACCACGACACCGGGAGGUUAUACGUCGGCGGAGUACGGUGGGCAGCAUGAGAAGAAGGGAAUAAUGGAGAAGAUCAAGGAGAAGCUUCCGGGACAUCACUGAGAAUGACCUACUCGCUGUCCAUGUUUGUUUGUUGUUUAUAUUAAUAAAACUACCGCUGUGAUCUUAGAAGGGAUAUCAUCGAUAAAGUAUAUAUAAAAAGAAGGCUGUUAUGUCGUCACAUAUGAUUAAAUAAUUUUAAGGACUAGCUUGGUUGAUGUGUUAUGUUUGUGUGUAUUAUGUAUAACUUCUGGUUGUGGUUGAAUCAACAAUGUUUCUCAAUAUGUUACUAAGUUUCUGUAGCA